AUGGCUCCUCCUGAAUACCCCCUCCUCCCAAAAACCCUUCUCGUAAUCUCUCUAAAAACGUACUUCACCCCAUCCCGCACAAUUACCUACCUCCGCAGCCUCAUAGAUCCCCAAAACGAAAUUCUCCGCCCCGAUAACCGCUCACAGCUCCUCCUCGCUCUAAUCCCAGACUUCCUAACAAUCUACCCCUGCUCUGAAAUCCUCCAAUCACACUUCCCAGAACUCCAAACAACCGAGCAGCAAUAUCAACAGCAACAAAACAAUCAACGACAGCCACCUCCUUUCCUCCUCGGGGCCCAAGAUUGCUUCUGGAAACCCCUGGGCCCCUAUACUGGUGAAAUCUCCCCCUCAUGCCUCAAAGACCUAAACGUCUCCCUGGUCGAACUCGGCCACGCCGAACGGCGCGACAUCUUCCACGAAACCGAUGAGCAAGUUGGUCGCAAGGCAGCCGCCGUGAGCGUUCAUGGCAUGAUCCCUCUCGUCUGCGUGGGUGAAGUCUCGUGGCCCGGGUCAAUUAUGGCUGACGCAGUGCGAACGGCAGUUGUUGAGUGUGCGGUGCAGCCAGUGCCGGCUGGUGUGGAGCACGUGGCUGGUGUGGUGGAGGGGAUUAGACGGGUAGUUAGGGGCAGUGGGAGAGAAGGGGACAUUAGGGUUUUGUAUGGAGGGAGUGCGGGCCCGGGUCUGUGGGGGAAAGGGGGCCUGGGAAAAGCUGUUGAUGGGAUGUUUUUGGGAAGAUUUGCGCAUGAAAUUGAGGGGGUGAGGAAGGUGGUUAGGGAAGUGGAGGAGACGUUUUAG